GUCGUCUUAAUUACGAGAGGGUAAUUACACACUUUGAGAACAACCACAUGAAAUACCGUUCGCAUGUAACCGCGAAAGGGAAAUCAUCAGCACUUUUUGAAUUUUUUGAUUGUCAGCCAGCGCCGGCACUAUUUCACUUCAAGUGCGUCUUUCACGUGGAGCACAGUACCUUAUGUCCACGUUCAACAGAAUGGCCAUGCUGCCUUUCGAAGGACUUAUUCCUGUACUCGAUUGGCUGUCGUACUUGGUGAUCAACAAAAUAUACCAGUCUCCUAUCCUUCUAUCCCUCUACAAAAUAUACAAACUGAUUCUACGACUAGCCACCAAUUCAACGGAAAUCUCAAGGCUCUGUUCAUCUGCAGUUGCGCGAGUCGUUUAUGAUCAGCACUGGGAAACUGAUGUAGACUCGCAAGACUCAGACGAAGUGGUGAAUGAACGCGUGCCGUUGAGACACAUCCGCACAGUGCAAGUGAACAAAGGGUUGAAUCAACUUAUCAACAAUGUACAGAACGGCGUCACAGCCGAUAUUCUCUACCGCAUUGAUAGAUCCAUUUUAUACUCCAAGCAGCUAGCCAUAGAACGAAGGGAGCUGGAGCUAUCAACGUUCAGCCUAGAUCAAGUCAGCCAAGCGAUCCUUUCCAAAAAACAAUUCCCUUCUGGCGGAGCCAAAGAUACCCCAGAAGCCAAAGUGCUGCAAUUUUGCCUCCAGCGGAUUGCUGAAACCCAUCGACUUGUGGCAGAAAUCAAUACGAGAACACAUACAAAGUAUGAUUCGGAUAACAAGGCACAUGAAGCAAAGUUGAUGGAGUUGUGGCGUACAUUGAUGGUGGAUACGCCUCUGGAAGGUCGAAUCACUCGACAAUGGGGGCAAAUUGGUUUUCAAGGUUCAGAUCCUGCCACGGACUUUCGAGGAAUGGGUAUGCAGGGUCUUGAUGAUUUGCUCUACUAUGCCAAGACCCACCCAGAAUCUGCGAGAAGGACACUUCAGUGUUCCUUGCAUCCUGUCUCCUGGUACCCCUUUGCCAUUGUCGGUAUCAACAUAACUCAAUAUGCCGUCCAAAUUCUCUUGACUCGAAAAUUGCAAUAUUAUCUUUUCCAAUAUGGAUCCACCCGAGAAAUGUACAACGAGUUUUACUGUUACCUCUUUUAUUCAUUUAAUGAGUUUUGGAUGUCGCAUGAGCAACCUCGGCUGACGGUGAUGGAAUUCGAAAGCAAAUUCAAGGAAUUCAAAGUACUGGUGGAACAGGAUCUGUUGAUCAGGAAGAUCACGACACUGAAGGCGUUCUUGGGCAAAACCAAUACGACUUUGGUUGAGGAUAUACCGUCUUCUGUGGAAGAAAAGAAGCAGCUAUAGAACAAAAACGGUUGAGAACAGUGCCCAAAUGAACCGUAAAUUCCAGGAGAUCCUCCAUUUAAAGAUGUAAUAUACUAGCCCUCCUCCUCAUUUUAUCCUUAAAAUCACACCACCACCACGACAAGGAAUCCCUCACCUCCUUUUUAUCUGAAUGCAUGGUCGCUUGCAGCUACUCUCUCACGACGACACCCCAUUUAUAAUAUUACAGUGACCCUUCAGUCGUCGAAUGAAUGUAAAUAUUGAUUUGAAAUAAACAUCCCAGCAAACUGGGCACAUGUCAUGGCCUUGGCUUUUUAUUCACCC